ACGAGUUGCUUUUCUAACAUAAAAAAAAAAACAAAAAUGUCUUUCUACGGAAAAGUUUUCGCUGUUGAGAGCCAAGAAAAUUACGAAGAAUUCGUCAAGUCUAUGGGUCUUCCAGAAGAAAAGUCGAAGAGCCUAUUGGAAUACAAGCCAAGCCAGAAGAUUGAAAAGAACGGUGAUGAGUACACUAUAACCAUUUACACGAAGAAUGGAGACAAAGUUUACAAAGCCAAAUCUGGUGUUGAAUUCGCUGACAGUUUUAGAGACCUACCCGUCAAAAUCACAUUCACGAUUGACGGCAAUAAAGUGACGCAAAUCAUCAAGUUUGACAUCGGCUUCACUCUUACCAUCAAUAAGGAAUACUUUGAUGAUGAGCUCAAAGAGGAAAUUUCCCACAGCCUGUGGGAUGGUGUUGCCCGUAAAGUCUACAAGCCCUUAUAAAACCAUGUAGAUUAUUAUAAAUUUUUGUAAUUAAUGAAACAAAUAUGUAAAAUAAAAGUAUUUUUGUUACUUUA